GUCUCCUUACACAGCGUCGCGCGCAGUGCGCGAGGGCCCCUCGUGGAGAGACAGACGUCACUGCUGUCAGUUUGUGUCCGUUUGUCACAUCGGUGGGUUUCAGUUCGAUUGAGAUGCUACUCAGACCCGCAGCCUCCUCACAGAGCGCCUCGUUUUCUCAUCUUUCGUUUCAAACAGCGACUACCGGUGAAGACAAAAACGGGAAUGAAUCACGGAAAGCGACAAUUUAACGGCGGAAAGAAGAAGACGUCGCCGGAAUGACCCCCCACAAAGAAACGCGUUUCCUCGCGCAGCGCUCCUGAAGCUCGUCCAACGGAUUCAAAGGCGCACAACCAGCAGUCAAUCAUGCCGGUGCGACGAGGUCACGUCGCGCCACAGAACACGUUUCUCGGGAUUAUCAUCCGCAAAUUCGAGGGUCAAAACAAGAGAUUUGUCAUAGCCAAUGCACGUGUCCAGAACUGUGCCAUCAUCUACUGCAAUGAUGCCUUCUGUGAGAUGACAGGGUUUUCCCGGCCGGACAUCAUGCAGAAGCCGUGCACCUGUGACUUCCUGCACGGACAGCUGACCAAGCGGCACGCUAUUGCGCAGGUAGCACAGGCUCUCCUGGGCUCGGAGGAACGCAAAGUGGAAAUCACCUACCACCGCAAGGACG